AUGGAUUUAUCCUCCCUAGCGAGGCCGCAGGCGCUCCGCGGCGGCUCCACGGGCGCUCUGGGCGCCCACGCCGCCCGACGCCGCUCCGUCCAGCUGCUCCACCCGCGCAGGCCCACAUUCCGCUGCUCCGUCGAGGCAGCCAACGCCAGGCAGCAGGUGCAGGGGACGCUAGCGGCGGAGGCGGAGGCGGCGCGCAAGGAAUGCUUCGGGGUCUUCUGCACCACCUACGAUCUCGAGGCGGAUGAAAAGACCAAGUCCUGGAAGAAAUUAGUGAACGUUUCUGUGUCAGGUGCGGCCGGGAUGAUAUCGAAUCAUCUGCUCUUCAAACUUGCCUCCGGUGAGGUUUUCGGACAGGACCAACCAAUAGCACUUAAGUUAUUGGGCUCAGAAAGAUCAUUACAAGCACUCGAAGGUGUAGCUAUGGAACUGGAGGAUUCAUUGUAUCCAUUGCUAAGAGAAGUCAGCAUCGGCAUAGAUCCUUAUGUGAUCUUCGAAGAUGCAGAUUGGGCCCUUCUAAUUGGGGCCAAACCCAGAGGACCUGGAGUGGAGCGAGCUGCGUUACUAGAUAUCAAUGGUCAAAUCUUCGCUGAACAGGGGAAAGCACUUAACGCUGUGGCAUCUCGGAAUGUGAAAGUCAUAGUUGUUGGGAACCCCUGUAACACUAAUGCUUUGAUCUGCUUGAAAAAUGCUCCCAACCUACCAGCAAAGAACUUUCAUGCAUUGACAAGGUUGGAUGAAAAUAGAGCCAAGUGUCAGCUAGCGUUAAAAGCUGGUGUGUUUUAUGACAAAAUAUCAAAUAUGACUAUUUGGGGAAACCAUUCAACAACUCAGGUUCCUGAUUUCUUGAAUGCCAAAAUUAAUGGGACGCCAGUAAAAGAAGUCAUCAAAGAUACAAAGUGGCUAGAAGAGGAUUUCACUAUAACUGUUCAAAAGCGUGGAGGUGUGCUCAUCCAAAAGUGGGGCAGAUCUUCAGCUGCAUCAACAGCUGUUUCCAUCGUCGAUGCCAUGAGGUCCCUCGUAACUCCUACCCCGGAAGGAGACUGGUUCUCUACAGGGGUUUAUACGACCGGAAAUCCUUAUGGCAUAGCAGCAGACAUUGUAUUCAGCAUGCCGUGCAGAUCAAAGGGCGAUGGUGACUAUGAACUAGUUAAAGAUGUGGCGAUGGACGAUUUUCUCUGGGGCCGGAUCAAAAAGAGUGAAGCUGAACUGAUUGCUGAGAAAAGAUGCGUUGCCCAUCUUACAGGGGAGGGUAAUGCAUUUUGUGAUCUUCCUGGGGAUACAAUGCUUCCUGGAGAGAUGUAG